GGGCGCGUUUGCUGACGGUCACCGGACGGAUCGACGCAUCUGCAGUGGGCGCGUCCGAGUCUCAGUAUUUACCGAUAUUUCCGGUUAACGGACAUUAACGCGUGUAGAUGUGAUGCAGACUCCUAUCAGCAGUGAAUCUGGACUCGUGCUCAUGUGUGCAGAUCUUCAUUAAAUCACGAUGACAGCGGCGCUUCAGCACAGAGUCAUGCGGCCCGUUACAUCACUGCUGCUCGCCGUCUCAAUCACGCUCUCAUCGAACGUGUGGUUAGUGUGUGGUGAAUUUCAAGGAGUUUUUGGUGAUGAGUCUGCAGGUUACGGGCCUGUGUUUGAAGAUCAGCCCGUUGACACCAUCUAUCCUGAAGAAUCACCUGAGGAGAAAAUCACCAUGAGCUGCAGAGCGCGAGCAAAUCCACCCGCCACAUACAGAUGGAGAUUAAACAACACCGAUAUUGUGAUUCGUGAAGGUGGUGACGAUCAUUACAGACUGACUGGGGGAAACCUCAUCAUCAGUGACCCCGACAGGAGCAAGCAUUCUGGGAAUUAUUCCUGUCUGGCCACCAAUGAGUUUGGCACAGUGAUCAGUCAGAGAGCUUCAGUUCAGUUCGGAUAUUUGGACAUGUUCUCCACAGAUGAUAGAGAGGCAGUGUAUGUGAAGGAGGGGCAGGGGGCGGUGCUACUGUGUGCUCCUCCCCCACAUUUCCCAGAAGAUCUGUCCUUCCGCUGGAUGCUCAAUGAGUUUCCAGAAUUUAUUCCAAUGGAAAAACGGCGAUUCGUGUCUCAGACCACCGGAAACCUCUACAUCUCUACAGUCAGAGCGUCAGACAGCGGAAACUACUCAUGUUUUGUCUCGAGUCCAUCCAUCGCCAAGAGUGUCUUCAGUAAAUUCAUCCCGCUGGUGCCCAUCGCUGAACGUUCUCUGCGCAAAUAUCCUGCUGAUAUUAAAGUGAAAUCUCCAGACACACACACACUCAUCGGAGAGAAUGUCACGCUCGAGUGUUUCGCUCUGGGAAAUCCAAUCCCUCAGAUCCGCUGGAGGAAGGUGGAUGGUGAACUUCCUGUUCAUCGUCAUGACAUCAGUAUGGCAGGAAGUCUCCUUCAUCUGUAUGACGUUCAGUAUGAAGACGAGGGUUUGUACGAGUGUGAAGCUGAUAACUCCAAAGGAAAAGACUGGCACAGACUUCAUCUCAUCGUGGAGGGAGCUCCUGAAUGGAUUGAGAAGAUCACGAGUUCAGAGAGAGAUAUCAAUAGUGAUUACAUCAUGUCCUGUCUCGCCAGCGGCAAACCCAAACCACACGUUCACUUCCUGAAGAACGGACGAACGUUCUCCAUGAAUCAUGAGAUUCGUUUGAAUCAGCUGUCGUUUGAUGAUUCAGGGAUGUAUCAGUGUAUCGCUGAGAACCGUCACGGGGUGAUUUACGCCAGCGCUGAACUCCGAGUGUUCGCUGGUGCUCCUUCAUUUGAGUUCAACCCCGUGAAGCCCAAAAUACUUGGAGCCAAAAACGGGCGAGUGAUGAUGGAGUGUAAACCCCGAGCGGCGCCACGUCCGAACAUCUCCUGGAGUAAAGGAACUGAACUCCUACACAACUCCAACAGGAUGUUCAUUUGGGCAGAUGGGAGUUUAGAGAUUAUAAACGUGACUAAAUCAGAUGAAGGCAAAUACACGUGUUUUGCUGAGAACGACAGAGGACGAGCAAACAGCACCGGAUCACUGACAGUCACAGACGCUACAAAGAUCACUCUCGCUCCAUCUAACGCUGAUGUCAGUGUCGGGGAGAGUGCCAGGAUGGAGUGUGCUGCGUCACAUGACCCGACCCUUGACCUCACCUUCAUCUGGUCACUCAACGCUCACGUUAUCGACUUCGACAAAGAUGGAGAACAUUACGAACACAAAAUGGAUAUAAAUCAGGACGGUCAGGCAGGGACGUCGAGCUGUGAGCUGUUGAUCAGAAACACACAGCUGAAACACGCGGGUCGAUACACCUGUACAGCACAGACACCUGUAGACAACAUCACCACAUCUGCUGAACUGGUGGUCAGAGGACCCCCAGGUCCUCCCGGAGGUGUGCGUGUGGAUGACGUAAUGAACAGCAGUGUGAGAGUCACCUGGAGUCAUGGGACGGAUAAUCUGAGUCCAAUCUCAACAUAUACUAUACAGUACAGAGACACCAGAACACAACACGACUGGAGAGAUGCCAACACCUCUCCUGUGAUUGUGGAGGGAAAUGCAGAAAUGGCAACUGUGGUGAAUCUCCAACCGUGGACUGAAUAUGAGUUUCGGGUCAUUGCCACAAACACUCUGGGUACAGGACCGCCCAGUGACCCGUCACCCAAAACCACCACAAAACAAGCCAAGCCUGUGGUGGCCCCGUCAGACAUCAGUGGAGGAGGAGGAACCAGCAGAGAACUCACCAUCACAUGGACGCCGGUCCAGCCGCAGUAUUAUUACGGCAGUAACUUCGGUUACAUCAUCGCAUUCAGACCUCAUAAUGAGCACGAGUGGCUGAAGGUGACGGUCGCUGAUCCUCAGGCACAGAAAUACGUCCACAAAGACUCAAACAUCCCACCGGCCACUAAGUUUGAGGUGAAGAUGAAAGCGUUUAAUAGUCAGGGUGAAGGACCGUACAGCAUCAGCGCUUUUAUUUACUCUGCACAGGACGUUCCGUCAGACGCGCCCACAAUCGUGGAGGCGAGAACACUGUCAGCGACUGAAGCAAUCGUGUGGUGGAUCCCUGUUCAGUCACAGAAUGUGGAAGGAUAUCAGGUGCGUUACUGGUGUAGAUCCACAGAGAACGAGGCAUCUGCUCAGCGUGUUCUGGUGUCCGGUCGAGAGAACCACACGCGUCUGGAGAACAUGAAACCUGAUUCACAUUAUCUCAUUGAGGUGCGUGCGUACAACGGUGCUGGAUACGGACCCGCCGGCCAACGACACGAAAUCUACACCAAGAAACCUCCUCCUAAUCGGCCACCCAAAAUAAUCGGCACAAAGAUGCACUCGAGCGGGACGUCGAUCAAUAUCGCGUGGGAGCACGUCAGAUCACUGUCCAAUGAGUCUGCUGUUGUGGGUUAUAAGGUGCUGUACAGACCAGAGGGUCAAAGUAACACCGUUCUGUACACCACAGUGAAACAGUCCAUCGAUCUGCCCAUGAGGAAGGGUGAAUAUCUGGUGGAGGUGCGUGCUCACAGUGAGGGAGGAGACGGAGCCGUCGCACAAGUGCGCAUCACAGGUGGCGGCGUGCUGACGGUUCAGUCUCUCAGUUUCGUCUCUCUCAUCCUCACGCUGAUGUUGAGUUUGAUUCUCUGAAUGUAGAUUCAUCAUGAUUCACAGUGAAGAACUCUUUAACAUGACGAGGCCUUCAGACGACACAAACACACAAAUAUUCCCAACAGGAAUACAAAAGACUUACAGAAUUCCAGAAUGGAAAUGAACAUUCGGGACAGAGUGCACACCUGUUUAAUGUCAGAGACUCAUGAGACGUGCUCUGAACUGAUCGAUAUGCCUUAUAACAUCUGAAACUCUCAUCUAUUACUGUCAGACGACAUGUGUUAAUGUGUGAGCACUGAUUGGUUGAGGAGGACCUGACACAGGAAGUGCUUGUGCGAUAACUCUUCUUCAAGUGCUCUAUAACAUUGUUAUAAAAGAUCAGCGUUUGACUGACUGAGAUUUGUUUUUAUGUCAUUUGUGAAUCAGUGGCUUCAUUUCCUGUUUUCAGUACUGAAGCUCGUCCAUCGAUGAAUAUAAAACAAACCGUCAAUCAAGAAUUCAACUCUAUAAAAAUUCUACAUCAUAAAAUUACAGUUUCAUCAUGCUAGAGUAUUAUAUAUGCAAUCAUUUAUAAGCUAUUUAAACUCAGUUUUUUUUUAAUAUUAGCAUAUCUUAUAAAGGGAUUUUAAUUAGGAAUAUAAUUUUAAAAGCCACAUCUGUGAGCAGUGAACUGAGUGCAUGUGAACAUCAGAUACUAAAUGUGAUUAAAUGAAAACUGACUUUUGUCUUUUUUGCAGUUAAUUGUAAGAAAAUGAAUAAUGCGUUGUAUUUGUCAGCUUUAGUCGUAUGCAGAACUUUAGAAUAAUAGAUCCAGAUCAUGAAGAAGAGACAUUGCAUAUACUUUUGCAUUUCAGAACAAUGAUGGAAUGAUUCUGAGUCAGUUUUACUGUUGGUUUAUAACAGAUGACACGAGCGUUUGAACUGAUCUGGGGUCAGUGUUUUAAAUCUGAGAUACAGUGGAAGAACAGAAGUGAUAUAUGGAUGUACUUUGAUAUUUCUAAAUGUGUGUUUACAUCAGAUGCAUCAGUUUGAGUCUAUUCACACUGAAAUGAUUGAAUCUAAACAUCAACUCGAUGUUCUUUAACACAGACCAAUCAGCUGUGAGCUCGAGACUUCAGCAACAGAACAAUACAAAUAAAAUUCUACUUUAUAUUGAACACAAAUUAAUGGUAUGAAACCAAUUGACUUUUCAUGAUUUGUUUUAGAAUAAAAAUAAAUACAAUUCAUAAUUCAUAUGAAAUUAUCUUAUACAAUGAUUUAACUAAUAGACCAGAAAUAUCACAAGCUCCUUUAAGACAGAGAGGGAGUUUAUUUUCUGAAAUACUUGUAUAGUUGAACUAUGAAAUUGCAUGGUUUUACUACAGUAACUAUAUGUUAUGUACAGUAAAUAUGCUAUAUGGUUACUGUAAUAAAGCCUAAGUAAAUUUUGUGGUUACGAUUUUACUACAAAUAUUAGUUACUAUAGUAAACCAUGGUGGAAACCAUUGUUUUAAAACCAAACGUUUAACACAAAUUAACCAUUGUGUUACUAUAGUAAAACUGUUGUAACAAGCGAUUAUUACCAUAGUUUUGGGUUUUCCUGUAUUAUUACAUUUACGGUUUCACUACAAAUAACACAGUUAAAAUAUGAUUAUUCGUAAGUUUUGUGGUUACUCUGGGUCCCUUUUGAUCCAGUUCACUCGUCAUUGCUGUAAGCACUAUGGGGAAGUCCUUCUAGACGACCUUGUUGAAACCCUUAUUCAAUCACGGCAAUCCUCUGAUUGCCAAUGGUGUCUGAGCCCCGUCCCUUCAGGCAUGCAGUUGGCCUAUAUAAGCAGGCGCUAAGCCACCAUUUCUUCAGAAUUUUCUUCCUUCAACACUACGUUAGUUCAGCGCUCCACAGCAUGUCAGUGCUCCAGGUUUUUCAAGCUAAGCUCCUCAAACAAAUGGAUGAGCAAGGCCCCGAUUCAGAGCUGUUCAAAGAGCUCCGCACUGCUACAGAUUUGGCGCUGCGAGCCACAAAAGCUACCACUCAGGCCAUCGGCAAAGCGACGAGCAGCCUGAUGGUUCUAGACCGGCAUAUUUACCAGGAUGCGUAACACAGAAAAAGACGCCUUCCUUGACACCCCGGUGUCGCCCGACGGUCUCUUUUGCAACACUGUGGAAGGCUUUUUAGAGUGCUUCAUUGCAACGCAAAAGCGGUCACGAGCGAUGUAACAUUUUCUACCAAAGAGAAGUAGCACUUUCCCUUUCCCAGCAUGUUCCCGAUCUAAUUCUGAUCAGCUCCCAGCAAAAUAAUCCAUUUCUCGCUGCCCCAGCACAGCCGAAAGCCAUUUGUGAAGCCACAAAAACCGUGGCCCAAGCGUAAGCACCCGCCGACUCAACGCGAAAAACGCGCCGAUGAUAAACCCCGGCCGGGCAGCAGAAAUGUUCCUGACAUGCCCAGCCCUGUGAAGAGGAGCCCAGAGCUCUCCUUUAUUCAUGGCCCAGAGCGGAAAAAAGCUUGAUUCGAGGCACACAGUGUUUCUCUUCCUCAAUACUGUUCAUCGGUAACGGGACAUUGUUCAAAAUGUUACUUCUGUGUGUAUUACUCAAACAGAGGUUUUUCUCACAAAAGAGAAAAACACUCCCAUUGUACAAACACAGGAUGCUCGCACAAUCUUAGAAAAAGGGCCAUUUCCUUACGUAUCAUAUACCACACACACUCUGCUCUAUGGUGAGCGGUGCUCAAUCUCCUAUAGCGAGUGAAUCAAUAAGCCCACUGUCCCGCUGCGUGAACCCAUGGCGAGCCCUCAUGGGUGUGUCAGACUGGGUGUUAAAAAUUAUCGAGCAUUCAGUUUGUAUGCCGGCCACCUCUUUUCACUGCCGUUUUGCAAUCUGUGGUCCAACCACAGGAUGCGUCGGUGUUGCACACAGAGAUUCACAGUCUCCUCGCAAAAACAUGCAGUAGAGACUUUCCCAGACUGCGACACACACAUCGGGGUUUAUGGCUAUUAUUUUCUCGUUCCGAAGAAAGACGGUGCGCUUCAGCCCAUUCUAGAUCUGAGAUGCUUGAAUCACAUGGUCGUAAAGCACCCAUUCAAAAUGAUAACACAGAAACUUGUCUUAUCGCACAUCCGUCCUCAGGACUGGUUUGUGUCAAUAGAUCUGAAGGACGCGUAAUUUCAUGUUCCAAUUGCACCACAUCACUGACAGUUUUUGAGAUUUGCGUUCGAGGGAACUGCGUAUCAAUUCAAAGUCCUUCCUUUCGGCCUGUCUCUUCACAAAGUGUAUCGAUGCGGCGCUCGCCCCAUUAAAAAUGAACGGUGUGCGUGUUUUGAAUUAUCUCAAUGAUUGGCUAUUACUAGCCCAAUCAGAGGCAUUAUUGAGCGAACACAGAGACUUGCUGCUUUGCCAUCUGAAAAAUCUGGGUCUGAAUGUCAACUGAGCGAAAAGCACACUUUUUCCCAGCCUGCAAAUCUCCUUUUUAGGGGUUCGUCUUGACUCUUUGAGCAUGAGCGCACACCUCACGAACGAGCACAUACAGACCAUUGUUCGGUGUCUGUCUAAUGUUCAAGCUGGGGAAAACAUUGCCACUGAAGUAAUUUCAGAGAAUGCUGGGUUUUAUGGCAGCAGAGUCCGCUGGCAUACCGUUAGGUCUGUCACACAUGAGACCUCUCCAGUACUGGCUCAAGCGGCACGUUCUACAUCAUAUGCGCCCGAGGCAUCAGACGCAUGCGCAUAAUAGUGACUCGCUUCUGUCUGGCUGCUCUAGCACCAUGGACAACGCCGGCCUUCUACCAACAGGGUGUUAUGCUGGGUCAAAUUUUCAGAAGAAAAGUGGUGACCACAGAUGCAUCCAACACAGGCUGGGGCACGGUGAUUGAUGGGCGACCAACUUUCGGCACCUGGACAGGUGCGAAAUGUGUGUGGCACAUCAACCGUCUAGAACUACUGGCUGUCUUUCUAAGUUUGAGAGCUUUUCAUUCCGACAUUGUGAAUCAACACAUUCUGAUUCGUUCGGACAACACAACAGUAAUGGCGUACAUAAAUCGCCAGGGUGGACUCCAAUCGCCACAAUUAAUGAGCAUGACACAGCGCCUCCUCCAAUGGAGCGGCCGUCAUCUCCUCUCAUUGCGUGGGACUAUUCAUUUACACUUUAAUAUGACUUAAGUCGUCGGCCUGUGACUCCUCAUGAAUAUAUCUGUUUAGUGUUAUAACUCUGGGAGUGUAAUGUCACGUAGUGCUGCAUGAUGGGAUAUCGUUCCCCAUAGUGCUUACAGCAGUUUCGAGAGAACUGAAUAGAAAGGGAACGUCUCUGGUUACACAUGUAACCUUGGUUCCCUGAGAUGAAGGGGACAAGACAUUGCAAAAGCUGGCCGCACUACUUCUUCAGAGUUUUAUAAUACGAAUGACUCACUCUUGUCCCUCAGUCAGAAAAUUCUGAAGAAACGGUGACUGAGCAGCCAACUGUGCGCCUGAAGGGUGCUGAAUAAGAGGAUUGGCGUGACUGAAUAAGGGUUUUAACAAGAUCGAAAAGACUGCUUACAGCAAUGUCUCGUUCCCUUCAUUUUAGGGAACCGAGGUUACAUGUGUAACCGGAAACGCUUUACUACUACCAGAUCAUGUUAAAUUUGAAUAAGGGAUGGAUAAAGGUAUUGUGAGGGAACACAAAACUAUUACAGAAAAUAAAUUCCCUCUCCGUCCUCUGUGGGGCUCAGUACGAGGUGGCUGUGACAUCACAAUGAGAAUUUAAAUUAUAUAACAGUGCUGACAGCUUCAUUGAUUCAUCUGUUUUAGACACAGUGUAAGUUUCAGAAACAUUGUUUGUGUUUAUUGUCCAAAGCGAACAAACUAAGAUCAAAUAAGAUUAUGAUCACUGAGCACAAAAAACUGCUUUUAAUGUGUCAUUAAAAUCUGUGCUAUUAGCAGGUGAUUUUGUGAUGAAUGUUAAUAACUUAUCAAAACUUUAUUUUCAGAUUUCUGAUUUUCAUUCUCUUAAUAAUGUUGCAGCACUGAAGCCGUAUUGCAGUGAAAAUGCACAUUUACAGCCACUAAUAUUUGAACAUUUGUAGUCUGUCUGUAUUUGCACAAAUAAUUGUUUCUGAAUCAUGUUUCUGUUUAUCUGCAGAUUCAUCAUUUACUUCCUGAUAUAAGUUCUGUAUGUUUAUACUGGACCAUUUGCAUUUAGAUUUAAUUUAUAUCAUCUGUUAACUCAUGAGAGAUGAAUGUGUGUCCGGUGUGCUUGUUCUUUUAUUUGCUCUUAACAGAUAUUUGAUUUGAUGAUGGAGGUUUAUUUUGGUUUAUUGAUGCUGUGAUUUGAUAGUUUGAGAUGUAUCUGCGUCAGGGGUGGACUAGCCAUAGGGAGAACCGGGACCUUUCCCGGUGGACCGGCCACAAAACGGGGCCGAACAGACCGUGACUGGCUGAAGAGGGCCGCGAUAUGCAGAAAAGGACAGCGACAAACCCUACCCUCCCACCCCCCUCCCCACCGCACCGCUCAACAAUUUUAGCGCUUGCAGUUAUUCAGAGGACAUUUGCAUGAUGGGAGGUGAACGCUCAUUGGCUGUGUGGUGAUGGUGAAUGGUUAAAGGUCAAGUGAGAUCUUUCUCUAAGACAUUGUAGAUAAAGACUAACCUGUCAGUUAUUAUCUGCUUCAUUCAACACACUCUUCUCUAUUAAACUUUAUAGAGACCCAAACAACACAUCUUGCGUGUGUUUUUGUCAGUAUGAAUGAGGUGUAAUGUUUGGAAAUAAGACGAGUUAACCUUGUGUGACCCUGCAUCCACAUGUGUGGACGUUGUAUUUUGACUUUGCUAUACGCAACGCAUAAUUUAAAUGAAUAUAAGCCGACUGAGUAUUAUUCACAAGACUCUACACUGUCAUUUAAGGAUUAAACUUCUGCCGCACUGAGUCACGUGACACGACAGCUUUGAUUUAUGUGAAGCGCUCCUACGGGCACAGCGCCAACAAAUGUUUUUUUUUAUUGAAACCUGUUUGGUUGUAAAGAGUAGAGUCUUUCAUUUCGUUUGAUAUGCCACUUUAAAUUUUUAUUUUUAUUUUUCAUGUGUCAGCGUGCUGAUAAACAUGAAGUCCACAUAUGUGGAAAUUAGGACUGCAUUCCCUCAAAAGUUGCGUCGUUAGUUAUUUUAAAUAACUUUCAACUAAUUAAGAGAGGAAGAGGAAGAGAAAGCGACAACACACACACUACAUACACACAAACAAUACGGCCAAGAAGGUCAUUACAAUGGAGAACACGGAAAAGAGUGCAUCAACCCACGAGAGCCCAAACACUGUACACGCGCUGAAAUAGUAGGUAGGCGAUUGGUCAGUGAUGUGAUUGGCUGCUGCUGUAAUCAAUCAAUGGGUCUGUUGUCAUUUGUACAUUCGGUGAGAGUUUAGGCAGUUUGACAUGAAUAAACCUCUACACAAUGACAAAAUCAAUGAUAAUAUACUAAUAUACAUUUAUAUUUAAUAAAUUUGGAUACUAAUGCUGGGGUGGCAGAUGAGGUGGCAAUGCUUUUUCUCAGGGUGGCAUUUGCCACCCCAUGCCACCCGGUAGAUCUGCCCCUGCUACCCAGCACUGCUGAUGUGUUGACUGUUUGAAUCAGGUUUGCCAAACAAGCGAGACAUCUGAAACAUACAGCGCUGGAAGAAAACUGAGGUGAAGAUUUUCACUAUCGCUCUCUUCAGUCGGAGGACUGUCACAAAUGCUCAUCAGUUCAGAAUGGAUACGAAACAUUCCUGCUUCCUCUUUCUCUCUGUUUGAGUACUCUGUUUCAAAAAAAUAAGGCUGGGCAUAGAAAUGCAUAAACUCUUGGACUACAAACUCUUCAGACAUGUUUAGGUGGGCAGUGGUAGCUCAGCGGUUAAGGCUCUGGGUUACUGAUCAGAAGGUCAGGGGUUCAAGCCCCAGCACCACCAAGAUGCCACUGUUGGGCCCUUGAGCAAGGCCCUUGACCCUAUCUGCUCCAGGGGUGCUGUAUCAUGGCUGACCCUGCACUCUGACCCCAGCCUAGCUGGGAUAUGUGAAAAAGAAGAAUUUCACUGUAUAUGUGCAAAUGUAUAAU